AGCCGGGGGCUGCCUGGCACAGUAGGUCAGUGGGUCAUCAGCCUGUGAAUCAGCUUCAUAAUAAAGUCAAGAGGUGAAAGAGAGGAAGGGCCAGCACACAUCCCUGCGGCAACAGGUCCCUCCUAACGCGGCCUAACGGUGCCCCCCAGUGGACACAUCUUCUGUCUAUCGGAUAUUGAUGUUCAAAGGCUUUUUUAAUAGCUCUAUGAGCCUAUGCACGGUUUCAAAUCAGAUUUUGUCGUUUUAUCUAGUUGUCUCCAGCAGCAACAUGUUGCUGGGAUUAAACUUUGCUGUGAGGGAAUGCAGCUGCAGUUGUCUGUGUGCCAUCCCCUCUCCUCCGUGAGGACACAGCAGGGCAGUGCGCUCCGCUGAGCAGCGCUGAGACAAGCAAAGCGUGGAGAAGAAGAGUUGACCAAAACUCCGAACAAAGGACCUGGGGAGUUAUUUGUCCGCUUUUAAGGGUCACCUCCACAGUGCCACUUUGGUCUGGGCUGAGUGAAAGAGCAGCAGGCACCUGCAGGGCCCCAUCAGUGGCCCAAACCCCAUUACUGCAGUAUGGGCAACUUUUCCAGCAAGGACGGCCAUGGACCCACAGGGGUCCAUAGGGAUAGUUUCCACACUCCUCCUGCUUCUCCACAGGGUGAUGGGCCUGCUUUCAUACCCAGUGUCCCCCAGCUCCUUCCCCCUACCUCACCUCAACCUUCCUCUGCAGCCCCAGUUUCACCUCCACCUCCAGUCCCAACGCUCACACCCAGUGGGAAGAAAGCACAGUCCAGCACCACCUCUACCACUUCUGGUCCCCCUCCGGACUGGAGGCCUCAUCCACCAGUCAGCUCAAAUAACUCCACCAUUGGCCCUGUAGUUAGCCCGCUUCACAGCAAGCCAGGAAGUACUGUGGGUAAAGGACAAGCUACUCUGGGGAGAAAUGGAGGUCCUCCCACCUCCACCCCUCGACCACUGGUCUCCCCAGGGAGGACUGUGGCCAUCAGUCCUACGAAGAGCCCCUCUUCUCUGAGUAGUGCCUCACCUGUGGUGAGCAGUUCUUUCGGGCCAAAAUGGAGGGAAAGGGACAGUGGUCUGAGUCAGUCUUUGUUACCUGCUCACGAAGCUGGGGAUAGCCAGGGUGAGGAGCUGGAGAAGCUGCUGGAGGAGUGUAGGACAACACUGGGUAUUACUGCCAGUAAGGAUGGAGCCACAAACACAGCGGAGAUACUGAAGCAUCUACUGACAGAAGUGAAGAGUUUGAAGAGUACUUUGCAGACGGAGCGUGGGGAAUGGCUGCAGUUCCAGGCUGACCUACAGGUGGCGGUGGCAGUGGCAGACCGUCUGAGAGCCGAGGCAGAAGAAGAACUGACUGCGCUCCGAACAGCGCACAAGGAUGUGGAGAGGGAGCUGGCCGCUUCCCAGCAGAGACAGAAGGAGGCUGAUGUGCAACUGGUAACCCUGAGAGGAGAGUUAAAGGAGAGCAGGGAGAGACUGGCUACUCUCACCCAGGCUCCAUGUCAGGAGCCAGAGAGGCCCAAAAAUAAUGGAGAACCAACCAACAGCUGUGAAAGCAAAGAAGGGACCCAGAGGGGCAUGGAGAGGGGAGUGUACAGGUUGGGGCGAGAAGAAAUGGAAAGCAGGAGUCAGAAUGAACUGACGAAGAAUGUUGUCAGCGAGGAGGCAAGAACAGACUGUAAAGGCGUGACUAAGCGCUACCUGAGAAAUGUGACCAAUGAGGAUAGGAGUGGAGAAGAGGUGCGACCCAGCGAGACACGGAGGAUGGUAACCACAGAGAGGUCAAGAAGCUUGUCCAGAUUACCUGCUUCCUCGGGCUCCCCCACCAUGCUGAACGGAACCUCCCAGCCCAACACUGCCUCAACUGUGGGACCUACGAACAAGAACUUGGGGCCACUAAGAGGCCGGAGAAGUUUGGAUUGGCAAGACAGCAGACCAAGCACUGACACAGAUCCCAGGAUGGUUUCAACCUACUGCUGCGUCGUCAUGGAGGGUCGAAGAGAAACUCGCUGCUCCGCUGGUGUCAGGGCCGAACACAAGGCUACAAGAAUAUCGACAUCACCAACUUCAGCAGCAGCUGGGCCGACGGUCUCGCCUUCUGUGCUGUCUACCACACCUACCUCCCCUCACACAUCCCUUACACCACUCUCACUCCAGAGAACAAGAGGGAGAAUCUCAGUCUGGCAUUCAAAACAGGAGAGACUGUCGGGAUUGCACAAACCCUGACAGUAGAGGAGAUGCUGAGAGCAGGCGGUCCUGACUGGCAAAGAGUCCUGAGCUACGUGGAGAGCAUCUACCGUCACUUUGAGAUGUGACAGCCAGAGGUACUGACAGACAAUCCCAACAUAGCGGAUCCUUCAGGACUCUUCAAAGGAAACAGUGUAAAUUGUGAUGCCUCCCUGAAUACUAUACUGUACCUUUGUGGCGUGUCUGGAAACUGGAUACACUUCUUUUAGCAAAGAAAGACAUCCAAAGCCACAGUUUGCAACUUCCCUUACAUUACAAUACCAGAUAAGGACUCUUUGGAAAUUUUAAUUUGCUGCUGUGGAUUGAAGUUUCUUCUGCUUGGUUCUCUGUAAUACACUUCAGAAAAUGUCCUCUGAGCAGGUAGAGGCUAUGGUGCAAAGUAUUACGUUUUCAUUGGUUUGUUAGCACUGUUGUAUGCAUUCUUACACCUUUCAUAUUCUUAAUCAGCUGACAUUUGACAUACAUCGGUAUAUGUAAAGAAUUCAGACACAGUAAAGUAGACUGCUUAGCAGAAUGUGACCAACUGUGAAGGAGGGGAAGGACUGAUAGAACGGCUACCUUUUAAAGGAACAGUGUGUAGGAUUUAGUGGCAUCCAGUGGUGAACACACCAGCAGUGCAACAUGGCAGACUCCCUGGCGAGGACCCGCUCCCUGUGUAGAUAUAAAUGGCUCAUUCAAAGGUAAUGAGAAUACAACAGUUCUUAUUUUCAGGUGAUUAUACAGUAAAGGAAACACACGUAUUAUAUUGUAUUCCUCUUGUCCAAAUAUAUCCCCUUAAUCCUACACACUGGACCUUUAAUACAAAAUGUUACAUGUUAUAGCUUUCGGAUAAUUGUUGACCACCAUAGAAAUUCAGAAAAUCUUUUUAUGGCAUCCUUCUGAGGAAGGUGUAUGUACAGGUAUCAUUGCUGUAAACGUCUCCACACUGGUACUUCACUGGCCGAAAGUACUGUAUCCCAUCAUGUCCUUCAUCAAAUCAAUAAGCAGUCCUCAAACUGCACAUUGUUUUAUCUGCCACUGUGUUUCGCCUUUUAACCUUGUCUGUGAUGCUCUGCAAAGAUUCUACUUCUUCCCGGACCUUUUAGCACUCUGUAAAUAUGCACUUUUGUCAGCACCUUGUCGGUGUGCGAAUGUAAUAAUGUACAGUAUAGGUGUUACACAACUCCUGGAGUGAUGACUUGUUAAGUUCAAAUUUCUGUUGGUGUUUUCUCGCAGGAAAUGCAGCGACUGUGUGAAGAUCAAAACCUAUAAAAGUGCCUCCAUGUUAUCACAAAGUGUGCCAGUGCUGUUUAGGUGCUCAGGGAUGUGCAUUACAGGAGUGACAUAGAGCAAAAAGCAAAUAUACAAGCCUGCACAGGCUCGCGCAUCCGGUUGCAACAUCAUGUCACGUCACACCUGCACCCUCAAAGAUGCACAAACGCACCCUCAUACUACACCUAUGCUGACAAACUGAGGAGUUUUGUUUCAACAAGUUUAAAGCUGAGUUUGUUGCCAAAGUUGUAUGUGCCAAAUAUUGGACAAAAAUACUCUUUUUUUGUGGAAAUGGACCGUUGUUAAACAUGUUUAUAUGUAACUAGUGUGAAAAGAAAUAAUACCAAAGAAUAAAAUGUUAAU